UGGGACAGAUGCGCUAAUACUUACAUAUUUUUAUACAGGAAAGUGCCCGAACUUACUUCAAGCGGGUACAUACGUGAAACGUAAGCCGACACGGAACAACGCCAGGCAGCAAAAUCGAAAACAAGAACAAGUAUCUCUGUCACAGUAAAAACUGCCAACAUGUUGAAGAAUUUUGAGUCAAAGUCGGCUCGAGUGAAGGGCCUCUCCUUUCACCCCAAACGCCCCUGGAUUCUGACCAGUUUGCACAGCGGUGUCAUCCAGCUAUGGGACUACCGCAUGCACACGCUCCUGGAGAAGUUCGACGAGCACGAUGGCCCUGUACGCGGCGUGGCAUUUCAUCAGCAGAUGCCCCUCUUUGUCUCCGGCGGCGACGACUACAAGAUCAAGGUGUGGAACUACAAGCAGCGUCGCUGCAUUUUCACUCUGCUGGCGCAUUUGGACUACGUGCGCACUGUGGCUUUCCACCAUGAAUACCCCUGGAUCUUGAGCGCUUCCGAUGAUCAGACCAUUCGCAUCUGGAAUUGGCAGUCGCGCAACUGCAUCUGCGUGCUGACCGGCCACAACCACUAUGUGAUGUGUGCCCAGUUCCAUCCCACGGAGGAUCAGAUUGUCUCCGCCUCACUGGAUCAGACGGUGCGCGUCUGGGACAUUUCGGGAUUGCGCAAGAAGAAUGUGGCCCCCGGUCCAGGGGGCUUGGAUGAUCAUCUGAAGGGUAACCCUGGAGCCACCGAUCUGUUCGGCCAGGCCGAUGCCGUAGUUAAGCAUGUGCUCGAGGGACACGAUCGCGGCGUCAAUUGGGCCAGUUUCCAUCCCACUCUGCCGCUGAUUGUGUCGGGCGCAGACGACCGUCUGGUGAAGCUGUGGCGCAUGAACGAAUACAAGGCUUGGGAGGUGGACACGUGCCGUGGCCACUACAACAACGUGUCCAGCGUUCUGUUCCAUCCCCGCCAAGAUUUAAUCAUCUCGAACGGCGAGGAUCGCAGCAUUCGCGUCUGGGACAUGACCAAGCGUCAGUGUCUCUUCACAUUCCGGCGGGACAACGAGCGCUUCUGGAUUCUGACAGCUCAUCCCACACUCAAUCUCUUUGCAGCCGGUCACGAUGGCGGCAUGGUUGUCUUCAAGCUGGAGCGUGAGCGUCCCGCCUAUGCUGUGCAUGGCAACAUGCUUUACUACGUGAAAGACCGCUACCUGCGGAAACUGGACUUUACCACCACCAAGGACGCUGUGGUGAUGCAGCUGCGGCCGGGCAAGUCGCCCGUGUACAGUAUGUCGUACAACCCGGCCUUGAACGCCGUGCUCAUCUGCACGCGCACCAAUAACCUGGAGAACAGCACCUACGACCUGUGCCAGAUACCCAAGGACACCGAGAGCCAGAACGAGUCCGACAGCAAGCGCAGCUCGGGCAUCACGGCCAUUUGGGUGGCUCGCAACCGCUUUGCGGUGCUGGAUCGCAACCAGCAGCUGGUGAUCAAGAACUUCAAGAACGAGGUCACCAAGAAGAUACCCACCUUCUGCGAGGAGAUCUUCUACGCCGGCACGGGCAUGCUGCUCAUCCGGGAUCCCGAGUUUGUCACCCUCUACGAAGUGCAGCGCCUCGUGUCCGUGGGCAGCAUCAAGCUGGCCAAGUGCCGCUACGUGGUCUGGUCGCCAGACAUGUCGCUGGUGGCCCUGCUCUGCAAGCACUCGGUCACCAUCUGCGACCGCCGGCUGCAGUAUCUGUGCACCGUGCAGGAGAACUGUCGCGUCAAGUCCGGGGCCUGGGACGAGUCCGGCGUGUUUAUCUACACCACGAGCAAUCACAUCAAGUAUGCAAUCACCAACGGAGAUCACGGCAUCAUUCGCACCCUCGACCUGCCCAUCUAUCUGACGCGUGUCAAGGGCAACCAGGUGUUCUGCCUCGAUCGCGAGUGCCGCACCCGCGUCCUGACCAUCGAUCCCACGGAAUACAAGUUCAAGCUGGCGCUCAUCCAGCGCAAAUACGACGAGGUCCUGCACAUGGUGCGCAACGCUCGCCUCGUGGGACAGAGCAUCAUUGCCUAUCUGCAGCAGAAGGGCUAUCCGGAGGUGGCGCUGCACUUUGUGAAGGACGAAAAGACCCGCUUUGGCCUGGCGCUGGAGUGCGGCAACAUUGAGAUAGCCCUGGAGGCGGCCAAGGCCCUAGACGACAAGGAUUGCUGGAAUCGCUUGGGACAGAGUGCCCUUCUCCAGGGCAACCACCAGGUGGUUGAGAUGUGCUACCAGCGCACCAAGAACUUCGACAAGCUCAGCUUCCUCUACCUGAUCACCGGCAACCUGGAGAAGCUCAAGAAGAUGAUUAAGAUCGCAGAGAUCCGCAAGGAUAUCUCGGCCCAGUACCAGGGUGCCCUGGUCCUUGGCGACUUCAAGGAGCGGGUGAGCAUUCUCAAGAACUGCGGCCUGACCUCGAUGGCCUAUCUGACGGCAGCCACCCAUGGCCUGGAUGAGCUCGCCGAAUCGCUGGCUGAGACCAUCACCUCGCAGGGCGACACUCUGCCUGAAGUAAACCCCAAUGCCACGCUGCUGAAGCCCCCUGUGCCCAUCCAGCAGCUGGAGACCAACUGGCCGCUCCUGUCUGUGUCCAAGGGCUUCUUCGAAGGCGCCAUGGUGACGCGGGCUGGCAACAGCGCCACUGCUCGCCAGGCACUCAACAUUAAUGCCGACGCCGCAGUGCUGGAGGAGCAUAACGGUGGCGGAGAUGGCUGGGGUGCAGAUGCCGAUCUGGGACUGGACGAUGACGGUGAUGAUGAGAUGCACGAUGCCCUCAGCAGUGACGAGCUGCCAGGAGGUGCUGGCGGAGAGGAUGGGGCCGGCUGGGAUGUGGGCGACGACGAUCUGGUCGUUCCCGAGGAGCUGGCAUCCAAGAUAAAGGCAUCGGCCCUGGACAGCAACUACUAUGCGGCACCCAACAAGGGAUUGUCCCCAUCACAGCAAUGGGCCAACAACUCGCCACUCGUUCUCGAUCAUGUCAAGGCCGGCGCGUUCGAGAGUGCCUUCCGCCUGCUCAACGAUCAGCUGGGAGUGGUCAACUUCAAGCCUUUCAAGACCCUCUUUCUGCAGAACUACGCCUGCUCGCGCACUAGCUACACGGCCAAUCCCAAUCUACAAUCGCUAAGCGGCUACCCGCUGCGCAACUUCUCCGAGACGAAUGCAAAACUGCAGCGUCCGGCCAUGGGUAUCAAGCUGAACGACCUGGUGUCCCGCCUGCAGGCUGGCUACCAGAUGACCACAUCCGGCAAGUUCACGGAGGCCAUCGAGAAGUUCCAUUCCAUUCUGAUCAGUAUUCCGCUGCUUGUGGUGGAGACCAAGCUUGACACGGCCGAGGCCCAGCAGCUGUUGAAGAUCUGCUCCGAGUACAUUGUGGGCCUCAAGAUGGAAACGGAGCGUAAGGGGAUGCCGAAAUCGACUCUCGAGGAGCAAAAGCGCCUCUGCGAGAUGGCCGCCUACUUCACCCAUUGCAAGCUACAGCCGGUGCAUCAGAUUCUCACCCUUCGCACCGCCCUCAACAUGUUCUUCAAGCUGAAGAACUAUCGGACGGCGGCUUCGUUUGCGCGCCGCCUGCUCGAGCUGGCCCCCAGGCCGGACGUGGCCCAGCAGGUGCGCAAGAUCCUGCAGGCGUGCGAAAUAAAUCCCGUGGACGAGCACCAGCUGCAGUACGAAGAGUUCAAUCCAUUCAACAUAUGCGGCAUCAGCUGGAAGCCGCUGUAUCGCGGAAAGCCGGAGGUGACCUGCCCCUUCUGUAACUGCUCGUACGAUCCCCAAUUCAAGGGUAAUCUCUGCAACGUGUGCGAGGUCAGCCAGAUCGGCAAGGAUUGCAUCGGACUGCGCAUUUCCAACCUGCAGUUCCGCUAAAGUGAGCGGCUCUUCAGCUUAUUUUCGCCACUUCAUUUGUGCUUUCCCCUACGCCUAGCGAGACCCACAUAAGAUCCCUCUAAUAAUCCUUAGCCUAGUUUUACACGAUACACGCAUAUUAAUAUAUAUCAAGUGUCAUUAAUUGUAUAUUAUAAUGGUAUUCAAAACAAAA